CCCACGACCACCAUCUCUGCCUCUCCCUAAAUUCUACAUUUCGUUUGGAGUGCUGUCAGUGCGAAUUAACCGUGCAUUGCUGUCCAUUUCACUCUCUGUUAAUCUUGCCAUCGACAACAAGCUACCUUUGCACCUACAUCGUCAUAUUUAUCGAACCACACCACGCUUCCGCUCUCACGCUCCUUCUCUGCGCCCUCGUUUAGACGAGAAGGAACCUCGCUUCUCACUUCUCACGAUGGCCACCACCCCUCCUCGACGAUCCCGCGUCCACACGCCGCCAACACCUCUCCACGGCGCGCGCUACGACGCCUAUGAGCCCUAUUCUCCCCGCCGUUCUACCCGCGUUGCUGCUCAACGCAAGCCAUUCCUAAGCAGCAACUCUACGCCGCCGAAAACGCAUCGUUCCGUGCGCGCAUCGACGCCGACCGGCAGCCGGAAGCAAACAGCGGGCACGUCCAGCCAGACCUUUUCUCCGCCGUCUUCACCCUCCUCGCCAAGUGUCCAUUCUGCGCCAAAGAGUCCGCGCUCUGUACCCCGCCGACGCGUCAACAACGGCCUUCGUAAACACCAAGGUCUCCAUUUUUCUGAUUCAGACGACAUGCCUGCAGGAGACGCAUCGACAACAAGCCAUCUCUCCGUCCUAGACUCACGCGGCAUGCUACCUACUCCCGUGAAAACACCGCGCAAGCGCAACCUUCAGAACUCCGCCAUCGCUUCUACGGCUCGUGUUUUGUUUCCCAGCCGCCCAGCCACCAUCGAGGACGCCAUGCCGACGCCGCGAAAGAGCCGGAAGGGCAAAAAGAACGCGUUCACGUUGCAGUCAUUUGCGGAGGGCGACGAUGAGGACGAGGAGAAGAUCGAGAUCUAUACCGACACGAAGGAGCGGAUUCCCAGCCUGGAUCCGGACGAAGACAACCCAUUCAUCACGCGCAGCAAGAACGGGAAGACCAAGGCAAGCGCUAGCAUUGCAGCACCGGAGCCGAAGAGGCGGAAGAUUAGUCCUAGUGAAGAAGAGCGUGUGAGGAAGAUGGAAGAGAAGGCGCGAAAUAACGAGGGCAUGAUCUACGUAUUCCGCGGCCGCAAACUGUUCCGCAAAUUCGAUGACGCCUCCGCCUCCUCCGGGAGCGACGAUGACACUAAUCUCGCCCCUACUACCGCUGUCCGCCGUCAAGUCGGUGCAGCCGCUAGCCGUCCCUUCACCCGCUCAACCAUCCAACCGCGCCUGCUCUUCCCGAAUGAAGAGCAACGCCGUGAGCGCGAAGCCGCUCAACUCGCAGAGGAAGAGGCGACAACCGACAUUGAAGUUCCGGUUCCCAUCCCGAGCUCCACCCGCAAAGGCAAAGGCCGUGUCAACAACGAAGCCAGUACGCCCGUGAAAUCCCAAUUCUCUCCCGCAACGCCGCCCUCCACCGGACGCGCGCGGCGGACUCGCCAAACGGAUGCUGUAGUUGACGAGCCGGAGGAGCACAUGGAGCUUGACGUCCAGAGCGAGGAAGAGAUACGGACGCCGGUGCUGCCACAGCAGAAGGCCAAGGGCAAGAAGACGAGUCCGUUCGAUUCCUGGCAGCGUGUCAAACCCACUGCGAGGGCUGUGAGUGGACGAGGUGCGAAGAGAGAAGGUGAUGUCUUGGAGGGAACUGGAAAGAGAGUCCGAAAUGGAGCUAGCGGUAUCUGAGAUGUCUUGGAGCUGGUAGGAGCUAGUAGGAUGAUGAUUAAUGGGUAAAGAUGCUGGGACGAGUGGAUUGGGACCGCGGGAUGCGAGGAACGGGAUGCAUUCAUGAUUGUAACGACCUUUUCUGCCGUUAGGGCUGCAUGGUGUUGGAUACGGUUCUUGCUUUUGGUUAAAGGCUGAGACUACGGUAUCAGUAGUUGGAAGCUCAAGCCUGGUUUUACAGGCAAGCACUGUCCUUUCGGUCCUCCGGCAUAUUGGAAAAGGUUUUCAUAGCACAGACGGCGGAUAAUUCUUCGAAGCGGCAAGCCCAAAAUUACAUAGUUGUAGUGAAUAGAUCUUAUAUCUCC